GACGAGCCGCUUCCGGUUGGAGACGUGGCUUAUACUUCUGCCAUAUUGAGCCGCGGAGCAGUGCACUGCACACAAAUUACAGUUUUAUUUACCUCCCCACAGCAUUUAUACAACCACACAAACGGCGUUUAGAAGAUUAAACGCAGAAAACACAUCAAACCCUGAAAAUGGUGCUGUUGGCAGCAGCAGUCUGCACCAAGGCAGGUAAAGCCCUGGUGUCACGGCAGUUUGUGGAGAUGACACGGACGAGAGUGGAGGGUCUGCUGGCUGCUUUCCCCAAACUGAUGAACACCGGCAAACAGCACACGUUUGUGGAGACUGAGAGUGUGCGCUAUGUCUACCAGCCUCUGGAGAAGCUCUACAUGGUGCUGGUCACCACCAAGAACAGUAAUAUACUGGAGGACCUGGAGACACUGCGUCUCUUCUCACGCGUGAUUCCCGAAUAUUGUCGUGUCCUGGAGGAGAGUGAGAUUUCUGAGCACUGCUUUGACCUCAUCUUCGCCUUUGAUGAGAUUGUUGCCCUCGGUUAUAGAGAAAAUGUUAACUUGGCCCAGAUCCGGACAUUUACAGAAAUGGACUCCCAUGAGGAAAAGGUGUUCCGCGCUGUCAGAGAGACUCAAGAGCGUGAGGCUAAGGCAGAGAUGAGACGGAAGGCUAAAGAGCUUCAGCAGAUACGGCGUGAUGGCGAGCGUGGAAAGAAGGGACCAGGCUUUGGUGGUUUUGGCAACUCGGGCAUGAGCAGCAGCAGCACAGCCAUCAUCACAGACACACUAAUCGAGGCAGAGAAACCCAAACCCACCCCUGCACCUGUCAGGUCCAGUGGUCCAAGUAAAGCACUUAAACUGCUUGGCAAAGGUAAGGAGGUGGAUGACUUUGUGGACAAACUAAAAUCAGAGGGAGAAAAUAUCAUCUUGCCCAGCACAGGCAAAAGACCAUCAGAGGCAUCUAAAUCUCUGCCGCCUCCAACCCACACAGAGAGUGUGCAUAUGAGAGUUGAGGAAAAAAUCACUCUCACAUGUGGCCGUGACGGUGGCCUUCAGAACAUGGAAGUGCUUGGUAUGAUUACCCUCAGAGUGUCUGAUGAAAAGAAUGGGCGAAUUAGGCUGAAAGUCAGCAAUAAUGACAAGAGAGGCGUGCAGUUGCAGACCCAUCCAAAUGUGGACAAAAAACUUUUCACAGCAGAGUCUGUGAUUGGCCUGAAAAACCCAGACAAAUCCUUCCCCCUGAAAAGUGACGUGGGUGUGCUGAAGUGGAGGCUACAGACGACAGAUGAAUCUUUCAUUCCACUAACAAUAAACUGUUGGCCCUCUGAGAGUGGUGCUGGCUGUGAUGUAAACAUUGAGUACGAGCUACAGGAUGAAUGUCUGGAACUCAAUGAUGUAGUCAUCUCUAUCCCUGUACCGUCGGGGGUGGGAGCUCCUGUGAUUGGUGAUCUAGACGGAGAAUAUCGCCAUGACAGCAGACGGAAUAUCCUGGAGUGGUGUCUGCCUGUGAUUGAUGUGAAAAAUAAGACUGGUAGUCUGGAAUUCAGCAUACCUGGCCAGCCCAAUGACUUUUUCCCUGUCAAUGUCUCCUUCGUCUCCAAGGGAAGCUACUGUGACAUUCAGGUCACUAAGGUGUCUCAGGUGGAUGGGGAAAGCCCAGUUCGGUUCUCCACAGAAACCUCAUUUGUGGUCGACAAGUACGAAAUACUUUAAAAGGAAACAUCCCUAACAAAAUUCCACCCCACCUGUCAGAGGAGCAGAUAAAUGGACUGAAAACAUUCAUAUAAAUAAAAGAAGGGAGAGUCAAAAAAAUGAAGGGGACGAUGCAAUCUUUAUCAUCUUCAGCAGUACUUUUAACAGAGCAAUAUUGGCUCUACUUGUACCCAAUAUGGUUCACAAAGCAGCCAGUCAGCAAGGUUUGGGGCUAAAAUGGAGACUGCAUUGAAAAGAGGGAGUGGACUGCUGGAAAUGUAUUCAUUUGAAGCCAUCAUGGCAGUAUAUGUUUGAAUUGAUGAUUCAUACCUCCACUGUAAGGGUCAAGUCAUGUUGCUUGUCUUUCCUCUCAGUUUGUGGUUUUCUAAAGAUUUAUUUUCAAUGUGCUGCAAACUGAAUUUUUUUUUUUUUUAACACUAGAAGGUUGUUGUUCCUUGCUUGUAAUCGCCCUUUCGUCCAUUUCAUAGUAAUUGUUUUGUCUCUUGUGUUUGUCAUUCAGACUCUGUUUUGUCUAAAAUAUAUAUUUUAUCUCCCGUUUCUGUCUGUUGUAAAACAUCUGACAUGUUUAAGACGUCUGUGCUUGGAUCUUUGUCUAACUCUUGUCUGGCUCUCUGUUCUCCUGUUUUACAUUGUUUUGGUGUAGUAUUGCCAACCUUUAAGGAAACUGAGCCUGUAGGACAUUUUCUGAAAUUUGUUUUGGUGUAUCAUGGACAUUUGAAUGGAAAAUAUUUAAAGCCAUUAACUUGUAUUAAAAUAAUUGAUUUCUUUCAAGAUGACAA